CGUAACGCCUAAGCCUCACUCACUCACUCAACGUUACGUAGAACGUAGAGGUAUCCUCCUCGUAGUAUCUCGUACACUCGAAUAUUCGUACUCAGUGACUGCGACUGCGACUCUACGCGUACAGCGCGUAUCGUAAUUCGUAAAGCUAAAAAAGCUCGCCACCGUCGUCGUCGUCGUCGUCGCCGCUGCCGCCGCCACACGCUAUUCCGCAAUCCGCAAUCUGUCGUCGAGUCGUCGCGGCCACACACCGCCGUUAUAACUUGGUCAGUAUUUGUUUUGUAUUAUUUGGCCGCCGCCGUCGCCGCCGCCGCCGAAAAUACACACGCCAUAAUACGAGUAUACGAAAUACGACAACCUGAGCCUGAAACCUGACUGAAAUACGUACGACGAGUAGGCCUACCACUACUACUGCUGCUACACACCUACACGCACUCGCACUCGCAUACGCACACACCACAGAAUGCUGCGCGAAUUCGUAUUGCUGAUACUGGCGAAUGCAGCAGCCGCCGCAAUGGGCGCCAGCGAGCAGUUGUUCGGCGACGAAGAGAAAAGACUGUAUAAUUUCGGUUUGGGAAAGCGCGCUUACAGUUACGUCAGCGAAUACAAACGACUACCGGUUUACAAUUUCGGGCUGGGCAAACGAGCCGAGGGUAAAAAUAUGUACUCGUUCGGCUUGGGCAAACGAUACGAAAACGACAACGGUAACGGUAACGCACCGUUCAAGCACUACGAAGACGACGACGAAAACGAUUUGUAUUCUUCAGUCGCCGCCGCCGCCGCCGCCGCCGCCGCUGCGCAAAAAAGGGCGAAAAAUUACAAUUUCGGCCUGGGCAAAAGAUUAUCAUCGCCAGCCAACUAUAAUUUCGGUUUGGGCAAGAAAUCCUCAGCCGCCGCUAUCGCUCCACACUAUUCGUUCGGAUUGGGAAAACGAUUGGGCCAGUACAAUUUUGGUUUGGGUAAAAGACAAGGGAAAUAUUCGUUCGGUUUGGGAAAGAAAGACAAAGUAUAUUCGUUCGGUCUGGGCAAGAGAUACGGCGGCAGCUACUUAGCGACACCGGCGGCGCUCGCCGAUCAACGAGACGAAUUCGACUACGAAGAUACGGUACAAGAUGAGAAAAGGAGUGCGAAAUAUUCCUUCGGUCUGGGUAAACGAUCGUCGUCGUCGUACAACACGCUAGAAGAGACGAUGGCUGCCGCCGCCGCCGCCGCCGCCAACGACGAAAACAGCGAUAACGAUGACGACGUUUUCGGCUACGACAACAACGACAACGACGACGACACGGUCGGCGACAGCGACUCGUCGCACUCGCAAUCGCAAUUGCAGUUGCAGUUGCAGUUGCAUCCUGUUCAUUCGGAAAGAGACGCUCGAGACACCCGAUACGCGAUCCAACUGCCAGCACUCGCAUCCAUCACCCAAUCUACCAAAACCAACCAAAAUCCCCAACAACAACAACAACAGCAACAACACGACAAAAAAUUCUAGAACCAAUUUUCGUGUUUACUGCAACCACGAGCAGCGUGUCAACCGCGUGUAUAAACGACUUUUAAUUUUAUAAUGUACCUACCUUAUUUAAAUUUUAAAAAAGCAAAAUUGUUUUUGAAAAAAUUAAAAAAUUAAAAAAAAAAAAUUAAAAAUACAACCUUCCUACAUACGCGUGGGUUAUGCAUUUUUUUUUGUUUUUUUUUCGUUUUGUACAGGCUGCAAAGCAAACCAAAGGUAUUCUUAUAAAUCUGUAGGUGGAAAUGAUGGGGAAAACAUCUUACGUAAGUGAUUGCAAUCGCGGAUACGCGCGAAUGUGAAAUUUCUUUUAAAAAACUUUAAAAACAAGAGCGUAAUAAAACACGUAGGUACUACAAAAUACAUAUAUCUAAAUAGGUACGUAUGUACAUGUACCAUACCAAUUAGCAAUUACCAUACCUUACAUUGUCUACAGGGUGCGCAGAAAUAGCCCAUCGAGUACCCUCGAAAAAGUAUUUUGCCAAACGUUUCGGGUUCGGCUGGUGACGGUGAAUUAUUUUAAGCCUACGAGUAUCGGUAUAAUAAUGAUCAGAUAGCGCGUGAUUGGUUGUUGGACUGAGCGAUAACAUUCCACCAAUUCGUUCGGCGUUCACGUCGUUGCCAACCUAUAAUUACAUAUUUUUAAUAAAAAAAACUUUGUUCGGGGUACUCGGUACUCGAUAUUUUUGCGCACCCUGUACUAGACUAGUGUAUCUGAUAACGGAUUUGUAUACCUUAACUAAUACCUUACCUACUUACGUGUACGACUGUACGCCUACAAUUUACCUAAGAUUAUUUACAUACGUAUGUUUACUUGAUUAAAUGAAAAUUCGUUUUACAAA